AUGGAAUGUGAAUUGUAUAAACGUCAACCUCUAGUUAAAUGUUUUGUUUUGUACAUGAAUAGAAUUAAUUUGGCCACUUUGCAAACAUCACGUACAAAUUUAACGUCAAAUCCAGUGAAAAAUACAGCUAUGUUGUUUACAAUCUUACUCUAUAUAGUAUACUGUAUGGUGUAUACAGUGCUACUAGCGAUCGCGGGCCUUUGGUGUUUCGAAGAAUGUGCUCUUACAGAAGAAGAAGAAUAUGAAUUCAUUCACUAUCAUAGAGCUAUGCCGUAU